AAACAUUUUUGUAUCUAUAAAUAAAAAUGUAGAGAAAAGAUGUUUAUUUUAUUAUUCAGUUUUAAUAAUUACCUAUUUUAUCUAAAAUUCAAUGCUGCAGUUGAAUUCAAAUGUUAAAUCAUUGCAAAAGAAUGAUUACAUAAAAAUCAUACAAUUUUAAAAGUGCAACUUCAAAUUAAAAAUUUGUUGUUUUUUAUGAAUAUUUAAAAUCAAAAGGAAUUAACUUAUUUAAAAAACUGCCAUUGUACAUCAUUGAUUUGAAAAGAUUGAUGUUAGUAAAUUUACAGUUUUGUCUUUUGCUUAACAUAUUUUUUAUUAUUGUUUUGUUUUAAACUUUGUCUAAAAGGUUUGCCAAACGCAAUGAACAAGUUUUAUUUUUUUAAUUUUCUGGUUUAACAUUUUGUAUCAGAUGAUGAAAACAAAACCACAAAUACUACAUUAAAAACUUAAGCUUAACUGAAACAAAUGAGACUAAAGGAAAACAAAACAAAUGAAAAAAAAAAAUAAUAAUCAAGAAAAAGAUCUUAACUUAAAACUAAGUACAUAUGUAUGUGUGUAGUUAUGUCUGUAUGUAUGUAAAUGUAAACAACUAUGUAUCUUAACUGAAACAUACAGACAAGUUAAUAAACAAACCAAGCUUCAAACACGAUCAUAACAAACACAUAAACGAAACAAAUAGAAAAUAAAAUACAAAAACAAAAUUUGUUGGCUGUUGCCAAGGGCUUAAACCCGUCAUAUGUAUUUACUAUUUUACUGCAGUCAGUCAGUCAAUCAGUCAGCCAUCAUAAUCUUAGCCAAGAAAAAGACGAAAAUAAAAAUACCAAAACAUGGCUUAAACACAAUAACAAGUUAAAACGCGCGUCGUUAGUAAUCUUUAGUUAACACAAUACUCUCCUGUAGUUGUUGUAACUAAUUUAUUUAAUUUUUUUAUUUUUACUUAUUAAUAAAUAUUACGAAAACAAAGUAUAAAAUAUUCAGAAAUAUCAAAACAACGAACAAGAAUAAUUGGAAAUUUCAAACUCGAAAAUCAGCUGAUUUAGUAAACAAAUGUGUGCGAGUGUGUUUUCCUUUAAAAAACUAAAUUAAAAGUAAUUUUUGUAUUUUCAUUACAGUGACCAAUAAAAUCGAACGUACUCGUAUUCGUAUAUUUAAAUGUAUGUGUUUAUGAAGUCAAACUGUGAAACUUUGAUAACAGUAUUUGUAUUUGAAAAUGUUUGAAAAGUUUAAAAAAUACUAAAAAAAUAACAAAUGAAAAUAUAAUAAUAAUAUAUAAUAGUAUUAACCAAACAAAGCGAUUAAGAAGAAAAAUAAAAUAAUAAUAGAAAACAAUCUAAACAAGUGUGUGUUAAAAUAUAAAACAAUUUAAUAGGUAUCUAGUGUUGCAACAAUGUGUUUUGUUUUGAACGUUAUUUUAUGCAACUUUAUUAAUGAAUGCAGCAACAUUGAAUAAAGUAAAACAGAAAAACUUAAAACCAAAGUUUUUUACUUUCAACAAUAUUUCUUGUUUGCUUUGUUGCAUUCCACCACUAUUUAUCAUCAUCAUACACAUAGUCGUCAUCAUCGUCAUACAAUCAAUCCAUUAUUCUUCAAAAGAAACCAAGUUAAAUUAAUAAAGCUUUUCAAAACCUUCGCUGCUUGCUUUGCUUACAAGCUUAGAGAGAGAUAUAUAGAACAUGCUGAUGAAAAAAUCAACAAAGAACAUUAAAUUUUAAACCUCACUCAACAAUUUAUAAGACUGUCAAAUGAACUUGCCUCCCUUAAUACCCCGUUCCACGACCUCAGAUAAUAAACGUAAUAUUAAUACUUUUAAUAACAACGAUACAAUUAAGUUGUAUUUAUUGGUUUGAGAAAAAGAAAACCAGAUAAAAAGAAACACAAACAAUAUGGCAACAAUGCCAGUCGUUUGGUGCACUGAUCCCAAUUCGGUCAACAAUAAACCCACAGCAUUCGCUCUACACGGCAUUCAAUUACAAGGUAAUGUCACCGAAAAACAAGUCUUAGCUUUACGAGAAUUGGUCAAUGCAGCUGCAGAGGGCCGUUUAAUCCUUCCCUCAGAUGGUACAUUUAUGCUUUUGGACAGUGGUAUAAGCAUCGAAAGUUCUAUUGUCAAUAAUGGUAGUGUUGCUACUACUCCUACAACAGCAUCAACAACAGCAGCUACAUCAUCAGCAACGGCAACAACAACAUCGACAUCUUCAAUGCAAAUGGAUGGCGGUGGCAACAAAGAAAAUAUUGAUGAAAAUUAUCGAGAAAGAACUCAAGGUACCGAUACAAACAGUGGCAGUGCUCACAGUGUACAUCGACAUUUGAAAAAUACUUAUAUUCUAAUGCCAGUUACUACAACAGCUCAGAAAAAUGCCAUCGCUAACUUGCCAAUAUUAACGCCACCCACAUCAAUGUCUACCACACCCACAUUUGAGUUGGAAGAACCACCAACAUACGAAUUAGAACCAAAAUAUUCAACUUUCACGCCUCCACCGUCAACAACUGAAGAUGACGAUGUUCUCUAUGAGUUUUUGUGUUGCGCAAAAUGCAUGAACGAUCCUAAUACUUCGCGUUGCUCUAGAAGGACUCCAACAGUAUCACAGCAACGCAAGUCUCAAUCACAACAAAUGUUACAACGUUUGUUAAAGUCAUGUGAACGUUCUUCCUCAAAUCGCCAGGGGGCUGGUGGAGUAGAACCUUAUACUGUAUCAGUUCGUGGCUGCAAUAACGGCAAAGUCAACGAACCGCAUCAGCUGUACGAUCCGACAUACAAUAUUGCCAAUAAGUACACGCGUCGAUAUCAACGCAAACACUGCAAUAUGUCGGCCGCCACUAUUGCACGUAAUCGUCAUCACAAUCAUCGUCACAAAUUACCGAUGCAAAGUGUUAAAAUCUUUCACAAUCGCAACCACGCGUGCAGUAAUGGAGGUGGAGGUAAUAGUGCUGGUAGUUGUGGUGGUGGUGCCAGUAUUAGCGCUAGUGCCAGUGGCAAUGGCGAUUUCGGCGGUGGUAUUUUAACAAUAUCCACCACAACAACCACUACUACUACUACUACUACGACGAGCAGUGUUAUUAGUAAUGGAAACAUUAACGGUAACAGUAACUGUAGCGACAAUAGUAUUAGUGACAGUUGUAGUAAAACAGCAACAGUUAUGACAAACAUACCAUUAGUAGUCAAUCAGCUAUCGUCGUUAACGCCUGCUCUACAACUGCCUAUGUAUGCAACGGUUAAUAAAAUUAACGGUAAAACCAAAAUGACGAUGGAAUUGAGUGCGUCCAAACGACCCAACUCCGAAAAGGUGGUUACGGUUAGCGCAAUUGUCCAUGAACCUCCGCUAAGUAAAACAACCGAUCAGCGUAAAAAACUCCCAGAAGCCGCUGAACACACGGUACGCCAGCGCAAACUGGGUGCCGUACAAGGCGGCCUACAAGAUACAGUUCAAAUUGAACUGGACAGUUUCGUUCAGAAAUUACAAAACUCCCACGAUCAGAAAAUAAACUGUGAUAUUGUAAUGGACACUUUACCAGUUGUAAAGGAUUUAAUUAGUUUCGAUGACGAUGAUGAUUCCGACAAGAAUUUAAUGUCCAAUACUUGUGAUAACAAUAGUCAAAUUGUAGAUUUACUCUCACAACCUAACGUCGAUUUACCUACCGUAGCAGAGGAAGUAUGUGAAGAUUUGGUAGAAAACUUACCUACAAAUAAAUCUCCUCCUCCAGUACGCAGUAAUGCAUCUAGUCGAAAAACUAGUUUCGAUUCGACAUGCACCAUUAGUUCAAUGGAUUCUGGUUUUAUUGAAAUGCAAAAUAAACUAGAAAAUCCACAACAACCAUCGUCGUCUAACCGUCCAACGUUGGCUAGUAUUUUUACCGGUCUCGCUUUGGCUAAUUCUUCAAAUGUGUCGACGCGUGAGACUAGAGGUCAUGCUCAAGGAGGUGAAAAGAUUGCUCGUCUCAACUAUAAGGAGUGUUUAACACAGUCGCGCAAUCGUCGUAAAUCUUAUGAAGAAUUUAAAGCCAUGUUUGCCAACUCAAGCUCCAACUUGGAAACGGCAACAACGACAUCGUCAUUUCCAGGAGACGUUGGUGCCGCAAAUGAAAAUAAAAUACAAAUAAGACGAAAAACAUUUCAAGAUUUUAGAAAAUCAUACGACAACGACAUGCAAUGUGAUUCUGUUCACCAGCAGUCAGCCGCAACAAGUAACCUACAACAACAACAGCAAAAGAACCAAACGGAAAUAAUAACAACAGCAAUAUUAAACGGCUUAGAAUCAAUCACAGAACAAGAAUGUGCGACAACAACGUCUCCAACGGCUGUACCAGCUUCUGAUACAAUGACGUUAGAUAUAGACAACAGAGUUGGACUAACAACACUAGUAGAUUUAAAUGCUGCUGUUGACGUUAGUUGUCGUAGUGUUGGUGCCGUUGUUGAUGUUAAUGAUGUUGGUGCUGGCGUUGUUGGCAGUAGUAAUAAACCGGCUUUUCCAAACGAGUUUGCUGUUAAGACCGUACCAGGUACUACACAUGAAAUGGAUACUGCUUCACAUUGUGGUGGUAAUGAUGGUGUUGUUGAUAAUAAUGAUAAUGACAAAACUAAUACAUGUUGUAGUCUAGCUUUAAACACCAACAACUGUGAGUGUAAUAACAACAUCGAUUGUAGUCACACCAUCAACGCAGCCACCACAGAUAUUUUACGUAAAAAUUCUGAUUUUCUAUCGAAAAUUCUCGAUCGUCAAUUACUAACUAAUGAAAAGGAAAAAGCACACAUGCGUCGUAAAUCUUAUGAAGAAUUUAAGCGUCUGGUGCGCGAAUGUGAGAUGGUUACUGAUAAGCCAUCUGUUGCAAGUACAGAUGCUGCCGUCUCCGCAACUACACCAUUUAAAAGACAAAACUCAAAGCAUCGCAAAAGUUAUGCUUCAUUUCUGUUGAUGCGCCGAAAUUCAAAUUCGAAAGAUCAAAACACUGAAAGGUUUAAAAAAUCAAUCACUUCUUCGAACGAGACAAAGAACGAUACUAACAAAGUGAAAUUGGAAUUGCAGCAAGUUACUGGACAAAUGCCAGAAUCCACUGCUAAUAGCAAUUACCGUCACAAUUUCAAAAUCUACGAUAAGCUUGUAUACGGAACCAUCUACGAUAUAAUUCAACGUAAAAACGAUAUUUACAAUUUGACAUGUCAACGGUACGACAAAUACAUGACUUAUGGAACCAUUUAUGAAAUACUACAUCGCAAAUCAUCCCAGCCGUCACCACUUACCACUUCCAAUAGCUACAACGGCUGUAAUAGCGAAAAACUGUUUCAGAGAAAAAGUUUGUCUGCUAUAUUGGAAAGGGACUUUGCCACUGAUAAAUGCAAUAAGAAAGAUUUGGAGAAAAUCAAGAAAUCUGGCAUGAUUUAUGACAUUAUACAAAAACAGCAUCAGCAACAUCAACAAUCGGAGAUGAACACAACAUUUAAGGACACCGCCAUACAACAAGUUAUCGAUAAGAAUCAGGUAUCAAAUAUGGGGACAACUACAUCAGUUCCAACAAUUGAUGCUAAUGUUGCUGACAAAGAGAAUGUUUUAACUGUUGUGACCACAAAUGUUGGCUACAAAUAUGGCACCAUAUAUGACAUCUUACAAGGAGAGAAAUUAGAUGCCAAUGGUGAAGCUGCUACUAUAAUAACACAGCAAAACCAACAGCAGCAGCCACUUAAAUGCCUUGUUAACAAUCGUUUUGUUGUCAGUAGAAUCGACGAACCAUUAAAGGUGACUGACGUCAAGACGAACAAAGCACAGCAUACUGCCGAACAGGAUGAAGAGAAAGGAGUGGUUACUAAAAACGUGCUGCUUAAAGCUACAAAACCAAAUAAAAUGAGAAGACUGUCUAAUAUGUUAAACUAUAAAGGAGGCGAUGCAAAAUCAUCAUCAACGGAUAAACCGAACACAAACUCGGAACAAUUAGAAAAUAUGAAAGAACCAUCCAAAGAGUUAAUAUUACAUUCAAACCUUAUACCGGUCGACAGUGAGGAAUUAUAUUCGAGAAUAGUUGCUAAAAAUCGUGAAAAUGUAGGCACAAUUGCAAGAAGUCCCAUACAAAAGUCAAACUCGCUUGAUGCAAUAUCAACAUCGGUAAUAAUAUCUCCACCGGCCUCACCCUCCCCACCACGACCUCGUCGCAGCCUAAAGCAACACAAUUGCUUGCUGCGCGACCACCAGAAACCAAAACAACUACAGCUAAUUAAAAAACUAUCGCUCGAUAACUCAACCAGUCACUCAACAACUAAAGAUAAAGAGGUCAAACUACGUCGCUGGUCGAAUCAAAUUCCCCUUAAAUGUAACUGUGAUUUUACGUUUUCAACGAACAGCAACGAAAAUUCCCCCUCAACAAAUAGGGAUUUAUGUAAUUCCUGGGAGUUAUCAAUCAAAAUGACUUCGAAUUGCUCCUGCAAUGAAGCGUUCUCUCCAAAUGCUUCGAAAUCCCAAUUCCAUGCCACUAUUGCAAGCAACAACAAUAAUAACAGUAACAGCAAUAAUAAUAAUAAAAAUAAUGGCAGUGGUGUCAUUGAAACAUUAAGUGCCGAAUUGUCAUCUAAUAACGCAUUCUUCUCCCCCUCAUCCGCCCAGUUGGUGUGCAAUACGUGCUCAAUUCAUUCAGACACAAAGUGCCUGUGUUUGGCAAGCAGAAAUACCACAAACUUAAUAACAACAACAUCUACUACAACGCCUGCUGCGACGUCUAAUGGUAGCAAUAGCAAAACUUCGGCCAAGAAAGGUAAAUCACGGCGGCUAUCGGAAUUUACGCGGGGAGAAUUUUUAAAUGAAAAACUUUGGUACUUCCGUAAAAUUAAACGUAUUGAGGCUGAAAAGAAAUUAUUACUGCCAGAAAAUGAGCAUGGAGCAUUUUUAAUUAGAGACUCUGAGAGUCGUCAUAAUGAUUAUUCACUAUCAGUUCGUGAUGGUGAUACAGUAAAGCAUUAUCGCAUUCGACAACUAGACGAAGGCGGUUUCUUUAUAGCAAGACGCACAACAUUCAGAACUCUCCAAGAACUGGUUGAACACUAUUCUAAGGAUUCCGAUGGCCUGUGUGUUAAUUUAUGCAAACCGUGUGUACAGACCAGUCAAUUUGCGGGUAUAUUCGAGAUUGAAAAACCUGUCACCGAAGGAUUAUCACAUCGAACUCGUGAUCAAUGGGAAAUUGAUAGAACCUCUCUUAAGUUCGUACGUAAAUUGGGUUCUGGUCAGUUUGGUGAGGUAUGGGAGGGUCUAUGGAAUAAUACCACAUCGGUAGCUAUAAAGACUCUUAAAUCAGGCACAAUGGAUCCAAAAGACUUUUUAGCAGAAGCUCAAAUUAUGAAAAAACUCCGCCACAAUAAACUUAUACAAUUGUAUGCGGUAUGCACAGUUGAGGAACCGAUUUAUAUUAUAACCGAAUUGAUGAAGCACGGUUCUCUUCUGGAAUAUUUGCAAGCUAUUGCAGGAAAAGGUCGCAGUCUGAAAAUGCCGGUGCUAAUUGAUAUGGCUGCUCAAAUAGCUGCUGGUAUGGCUUACUUGGAAUCUCAGAAUUACAUUCACAGAGAUUUGGCUGCGAGAAAUGUAUUAGUGGGGGAUAACAAUAUUGUUAAAAUAGCCGAUUUUGGUUUGGCACGACUUAUUAAAGAAGAUGAGUAUGAAGCCCGCGUUGGUGCUAGAUUCCCUAUUAAAUGGACUGCUCCAGAAGCUGCAAACUAUUCCAAGUUUUCCAUUAAAUCUGAUGUUUGGAGUUUUGGCAUAUUACUUACUGAAUUAGUAACCUAUGGACGUAUUCCAUAUCCAGGAAUGACCAAUGCGGAAGUAUUAACGCAAGUCGAGCAUGGUUAUCGUAUGCCACAGCCGCCAAAUUGCGAUCAAAGACUUUAUGAGAUUAUGUUAGAAUGUUGGCACAAAGACCCCAUGAGACGACCCACAUUUGAAACUCUACAGUGGAAGUUGGAGGAUUUCUUUACAUCAGACCAGAGUGAUUACAAAGAAGCGCAAGCCUACUGAUAAAUGCUUUAUGCUGCUUCCAAACAACAAGCACCCACAAAAUCGCGAAAUCCUAACAUAAACACGAUGUCAUCUCCAUCUCCAACAACAAUAACAAAACCAAAACUAACUACAUCACCAACUGCAAUGAAAACAACUGUAGCAACAGCUAUAAUGAAAAACUACAAGUGAAAGGAGUUUUCUUUUUCAAACUCUUAACUUGUUUUACACACACGUAUUUCAUAUGCAAUUAAUUCUAAUCCAAUUUAAAUGGACAAUUAACUAAGACACAGUUAAAUUUUAUGUAAUUCCAAACUCUAAACUAAUUUAACGGACUACCAAUAAUUAACUCUUAGACAAGAUAUUGAAAAUAGUUGCGAAGAAAGAAAUAAGAACAAGAUGAGAACUAAAUAAAAAAAAUAUGAAAAGAAUUAGUAUUAGUUAUACAUAAAUGGUAAUAUACAAACUAUUGUAUAUGGAAAACGCUUUUCUAAACACACAAAUAAAAGAAUAAGAAUUAUUAACUAUAUAAAAUAGAAAAUCAAAAAAGCGUUUGUGGAAAUAAUAAUUAUAAUAAUAAGCAAAACAUACACAGACAUAAAAAAACAACAAACGGCGUUUAAUAUUUAUUAAUCACACACAUAAAUGUAAUAAUGUAAUAAUUUAAAUAAUUUUUUAUGAAUUUUAUUUAAUAAUCGACACACAUACAAGCAUAUAGAACAUACAUACAUACAUAUGUAUGUAUAUGUAUAAAUAAAACACAAACAAACGCCACAUUUAUAAAUGUAUGUAUAUUGAUCUUUCGUUAUUGUUUCUUUUGAAUUACAUGUUCUUGUUAAGCAAACAGUUUUCUUUUUCAACAAACAUACAUACAUACAUACAUA